AUGUCGGUACCUGUUAUCGAAGAUCGGCAGAUGGCCUACUCUGCCAGAACCUGCACCCUUGAGGCUCUCCCCGUUGAGACUAUCAAUGAGAUACUCUCGAAUGUGGAUGACGACUCUCUGAUCCAAGUGAUGCGUGUCAGCAAGUAUCUCAGGAAGAUCGUUCAAACCAAUUGGGCCGACAUUCUUAGACCCAUCAUUGAGCGCGACUUCUCGCCAGCAGAGGCGUUUUUCCGCGUCUUUGACGUAUGCUCUUCGAACUUGGUGUCCGCCUUUGACCUUUUCCACGACGGUGAUGUCCGUUUCGGCGGCCAAUUGAUGUGCAGGCGUAGUCCUGAGGAGGGCUUGACGAGAGUGCUCAAACUAUGCCGGACCAUCAAACAAUGGGAAGUCGAGUUUCAGCGUCUGCGCUUCGUUUACCAUCCACAACACAGUCGUACGCUCCGCCCCCAUGAGCGCCAGCGCCUGCGACAGGGGUUGUACACGUGGUGGCGAUUCUCCCGCUACUUUCAUAGCAGCUACCACUUUGAGGGCACAGAGGACCUCCAUCGCUUCUGGCUUAGGCGCCCAGAGAGCCCGGAUGUGAGAUGUAACUUUGUCCGAAAGUUCUCGACGACGCAGCUGCAUGAGCUUUUUGACAUGUGGCAGACUAUCCGAGCAGCUGUGAGCAUGGAGAUUUGUCCUUCGAUUGUCCAUGUUCGGGAACAGCUGAGCAGAGCCGAGGCUGCUCGUAUUGGCUGGGGCGACCCCAUUGAGAAUGACCAUAUUCUCGCCACCAUCAUGAAGCUGUGCCCAGAAGACAUCCUCCACCUACUAGUUCACCGGCACCGGUACGCGACUAAGACGAGCGUUAUCCAGUUUGUCCGGCUCAGUAACCCGUUCAUUGAGGACUCGAUCGAAAUGUUCACCCAAGCGAUCGAAGUUGUUCUCUGGGAGCGUGAGAAAAUGCUCGUGGCCGAGAACGGAGACGAUGCACUCGAGCCUGACAUGUAUUUCCCUUCAUCGUCUGGCUUCCCUCGGCGGUACGGGGGCAUUAUUGAUCACAGAAAGGCUGCAACGGAAAGACUUCGAGCCACAUACAGUCACGAUGCUGGCAAGGGAACGCAUCACUUUGUUUUCCCCCGCGCAAUGUACAUUUUGGCGACUAUCCCCGUGGGAAGGCUGGUUCCGAAUUCCUGA